AAGAUGAUAUGAGUUUUUGUUCAUUUUUUCGUUCUGCUCAGGUGCGCUUUAAGAUCUUUAGUGAUUGCUUACCAUUGCCUGAGAGCCAAUUCAGAACAGCUAUCAAGGAGAAUUACAACAAUAAAAACAAGUUCAAAACAGAAUUGACUAAUAAGCAGGUAUUUAAGCUUAAGAAGCUUUUCCGACCAGUUACUAUCCCUGCACAACUUACCCACAAACAGCCAAUCCCUGUUCCUCGUGAUGCUGACAGGAAAAGAUCUGAUAGAGACCGUUACGCACCUAGUAGCAGUAGAGCCCACCCGACCCGUACACAUGAAAGAAGACGUGAUUCCCCUCCUCCACGCAGAGAAGAACAACUGCCGCGUGACUUAUAUCUCAGUGAAAGGGAGUAUCGAACAUACGGCUUGAGAAGAAGAGACACAACCCAGCAGUAUCCAAUCCCGCCUCCUGAUUCAUCUUACGAUAUUGUCAGCCGAGACCGUGUUCGUUUGGAUUCAUACCGUUCAUCUGUGGACCAUGAACGGCUUUUGAGACAAGCAGAGAUUGAGAGGCAUGACCGUAGUAGGGAAGUUCGUCUUGUUCACUUGCCUGAAAGAGACUACCACAUGUAUGAUCAUCAAAGUUCUAGACGGGAACUCCUGAGUCGAAACUCGCUUGACCCUCCAACUUCAGCGGUUGCUUUGGACUCCUACAGGAGAGACCCGUAUCACAGUUAUGAGUAUGAAAGGGCGCCAAGGACGUUCAUGGCUUCUCCGAGAAGAGAAGAUGAUGACUUGUAUUCCCGGUAUGUUACAGCGGAUUCAUUGGCUGAAUACUACCGAUCGUCAUCACAAAGAUACCCAAGCAUAACUGAAUCUGAGCUUCCACCUUCAUUAGUAUCAUCCCGGUAUGCUUAUUCAAGGUCUUUGCCUUACUCACACCGCUGAGUUCAGAUAAGUGUAAUUCCCCAUUCUCCACUAUCCCUUUGAAUUUAUCAACUGUUUAAUGCAUGUUGGAUAUGUAUCCUUAAUAGUUUCUACGACAGGGUUCGAUUUUAAUUCGGUUUAUUACUUCUUGCUCGUUGUACCCAAUUGGUUUCAGCAAAUAAUAUCUAUUUUCUCUAAUAUAUAGUGCUCUACUAAGGGAGUAGAAGUCAAAGAUUAUAUGAA